UUCGCGCUUCACGUCGUGAAAUUGUAUCGGUAUGUCUGGGCGCACAUUUUAAUCUCAUCUAAACAACACAUGCACGAUCUGUCAAUCUCGAUGUAAACAAACAAACCUUCUUGGCAAACGCAGUGUGCAUGCAUUUACAGGAUCCGAAAAAAACGUUCUGAUGUAGGAUGAGUGUAGUUUUAAGAUUGAUUGUAGACAAGUUUAUUUAAACGGCUCUCAUCCCAUUUCACCAUGUAUCGAAACUAUCUAUGCCGCGUUUGUGCGUGCACCGAAACUACAAGUGUGUUGGUGAACAUCUUUGAAAAACAUGGAGCACAAGACAGCGUUGCCGAUAUUCUUUUGGAACUAGCGGAUAUUAAGGUGACGGUCGACGAUGGAUUUCCCCAACAGUGCUGUUUGCGAUGCCAUACAGAGGUCGUUCAGGCUGUAUCAUUGCGUCGUAAAUGCUUGGAAUCAGAGAAACUUUUUCGAAUCAAGAUUGAACCAGAUUCUUGCCCUUUCAGUUUUGCCGAUGAUCCAUUCGAUAAUCAAUCCGAUAACUUGUCCAUUGAUUCUUCAAAUCUCGUUUCGGAAAAGCAUCCGAUGUACCAUUGCCGAGAGUGUUUCUUAGUUUUCUUCGAUUCAGAUGCACUGCAGAAACACUACGAAGCAAUGCAUGCUAAUGUGAUCUAUAGUUCAACAGUAGCAAUGGUUUCAGGUAGCCAAUACGAAAACUUGUCCGAUUCGAAUAACCAAAUCUACCAAUGCCGUGAGUGUUCGUUGGAGUUGCUGGAUUCAGAUGCUCUGCAGGAACACUACGACACAAAGCAUGCUAAUGUGAUCUAUGGAUGGGAGACGAUUGGCUUAAGUGAAAUCUCUCCAUUCGAUAGCACUGACGAUGAACCAGAGCCGAAAGACGACAUCUUAAAUUGUCCAUCGGAUGUGCAAACCAAAGCCAAUCAAAACAAUCCUACACUUGAAUGUUGCGCCUGUAAAGCACGAUUCAGAACUGAGACUGAUCUGUUUUACCAUGCUAAACAGGUACACGCCCCUAAUGCCAUCGAAAUCAACGAACCAACCCCUAAUCGGUGCAACGUAUGUUAUCAAACAUUUACCACCGCAUGUGUGUUAAAGGAGCAUCAAAAGGCUAGAAGCAUCUUAAACUAUAUGUGCGUAACUUGUGGCAUGAUGUUCACCAGACAACACAAAUGUCUUGCACAUGAAAGUACGCAUAUAGACCAUAAACUUAAGUGCGAUGUUUGCGGGAAGCUAUUCGCCAAUAUGAAGUACUAUGAGAUACACAAGAAUAAGAUGCACGGCGAUCAGGCCGCACGGAAGCGAUACAUAUGUAGUAUAUGUGGUGCAAAGGUGGUUUCGACUUCGUACCUUAAAGUGCACAUGAAGCUACACUCUGAAGAUCAUCCGUAUUCCUGUGACUUGUGUGGGGCCCGGUUCAAAAUAGUGGCCUACCUAAACUGGCACAUGACUAGACAUAAAGGUAUCUACACGUGCCAGCAGUGCGGCCUAACUUGCAAAGGGCCCUCUGAGCUGAACGAACAUAUGAACAGCCACGGUGAAGCCAGGAAGUAUAGUUGCACUAUAUGUCCAUCAGCGUUUCGGUUGAAACAAGCCCUUGAGAAACAUUUAAGAAAUGUUCAUAAACGAAAGCGAAAGUAGUUUUCUUUUUACCGCGGAUACGGUUUCUGUUGGGAAGAAGAAUGUAACGGCUAACUUUCCUAACUACACACUGUAUAUGCAGCACACCUACUCCAUACAGUACUAACAAUUGGCAAGUAAUUGAAUAAACUACAAUACAGCUAACAAAAAUCAUUA